UAUAAGUCAUGUUUGUUCUUAAAUAAAAUAACUUCAUGAAAAUUGGAACCCUUAAGAUCCGACCGUCUGUAGGCCUUCCCGGGGAGCCACAGAGGAUGCCGGUGGUCAAAGUGGAGAAAGACUCGCCGGCGGACGCGUCAUCACCGGCUCCCGACCCAUCCGAGGAGCAGCCCAGAGGUCGGCGACGGAAAAGACCCCUGCAGCGAGGCAAGCCGCCCUACAGCUACAUCGCCCUCAUCUCCAUGGCCAUCACCAACACCCCGGACCGCAAGCUGACCCUGGGGGGCAUCUAUAAGUUCAUCACGGAGCGUUUCCCCUUCUACCGAGACAACUCCAAGAAGUGGCAGAACUCCAUCCGCCACAACUUGACACUCAACGACUGCUUCAUCAAGAUCCCCCGGGAGCCGGGGCGCCCGGGAAAGGGCAACUACUGGGCCUUGGACCCCAACGCCGAGGACAUGUUUGAGAGCGGCAGUUUUCUGCGACGCAGGAAGCGCUUCAAGCGAUGCGACCUCAGCACCUACGCCUCGUACGUGCACGACAACCCGGUUUUCACACCGGUCCAGAUCGCGAGGUCAGCACCGUACUCCAAUGCGGUCUACUCCAACAUGACCGUCAGUCCGUCCUACGGCCAACAGCUGCCUUCGGCCUACUACCCGUCCCCGUCGUCCCCCACUUUCGGCCCGGCCCAGACUCACAUGUUCAGCAUCAACAACCUGAUCAGACCGCCGGUCGGCGUGCUCGCAGCUCAGGGGCCAGACGGCACGCAGCACUCCGCUCGCAGCUUCACCCCCGAGGGGGUCCACAACGGGCCCGGCCCCUGCAGUUUGGCACCGCCGGUUUUCCAGAGCCAGGGGUGCGGAGGGGCAGCCUCCGCGCACCCGGGGUUCACCUACUCCGGACAGAGCGGCCACCCUCACCACCACCACACCGCCCCGCACGGCCCCUACGGACAAGGCCAAGGCUACGCCGCAUCCGGCCGCCUGGCCCCCUCGGGCGAGCCGGCGGACCACUACGGCAGGGUCUCGCCGGUGCAGCUGGGGUCUUUCUCCCAUUACAACAGCGCCAAUGGAGGGGGUUACCUGCGACACCCGCCCUACACCGGGAACAUGGACAGAUUUGUGUCUGCCAUCUGACAGCGUCAAACACUUUUAUCACUAAUCCGCCUUCGUCUUUAUACUUAUUCGACUCGGACGUCGUCAGUCAGGCGUGCCCCCGCUUUUAAUUCCGAGAGCCGUGUACAGAACAAUCUAAAUCGUCAUUUUUCAUUUCUGUCCCAUGCUAAAAAAGGGUGGGUAAAGAUAUCCUAACGAAUGAUAUUAUGUAAUGUAUAAAUAUUUAUUUUUAAAAAGAGAUAGAUGAUAAAGCAAAAAAAAAAAAAUCAAAGAUUUCUCAGGCUUUUGGGGGUGGCUCUGUGUCUAUUUAGAAAAGUACUGAGCAGCAACAAAAUCAAAUCUCGUCAUUUACAACAAAAAUAACCGCAAUUCACACGAAAUUCAGAAUUUUGUUCCUAUUUAACUUAAUACUUUCCUUUUUUUUCUGUUGCAAAACUAGAAAAGCAAUAUAUAAAACUUCUCCUGCCUUGCCAGCCAACAAUGAAAUUAAGUACAAUUCAGACAAACAACACCGACCAUAUUAUCCAUCCAUCCAUUUUCUUUGCCGCUUAUCCUCACGAGGGUCGCAGGGAGUGCUGGAGCCUAUCCCAGCUGUCAACGGGCAGGAGCUGGGGUACACUCUGAACUGGUUGCCAGCCAAUCGCAGGGGACAAAGAGACAGUCGCACAAACAAUCACACCUAUGCGCAAUUUAGGGUCUCCAAUGAAUGUUUGGGGGAUGUGGGAGGAAACCCGCGCAGGCACGGGGGAGAACAUGCAAACUCCACACAGGCGGGUCCGGGAUUGAACCCGGGAGCUCAGAACUGUGAGGCCAAGUCUUUACUAGCCGAGCCACCGUGCCACCUCGACCAUAUCAAUUGAUAAUUAUUGUAUACACCUUGGGACAUGAAAAUUUGCCUGAAAUGGCCCGCGGGCUAUAGGUUGGACACCCCUGUCAUGAGUUACAAUUGUAGCAAAUGUUUCCUGGUAGGAUCACCUUCCAACCGCAGUUUUCGCUCUGCUCCUCCAAGACGUAAUCACAAAUGUGCAAUAAUAUAGGAUUCAGUUUUUUGGUGCUGGCCAAUCACCACACAUAUAGGUUAUAUGAAACAUUAACUGGAACUUUCUUUAACACCCACACGUUGAUGACAUCAUACCCAGUGCACCCAAAUAUUCUGUAAAAUACUUCUCAUGCAUUCCUGAGGACAAAAAGAAAAGAAAAAAUGACACAGAGUCUUAACCUGACGAGCUAUUUUUCAUGUGGGCCGUUGGUGAGUGCUACAAAAAAAAAAAAAAAUUAACACCACCACCGUUUGAGCAUACAAAUUUUGGUUCCGUUUUAAUUCCAGUAACAUUUUGUCGGAAGUUCUUGGGUUUUAUGAUUAAAGGCUUUGCAAUAAGCGGCUUGUAUGAAGAAUGUAGCAUGUGUGGUGUCGCACCCCAAAUACAAAAAAAAACCCAAAAAAAAAGUAAAUGCUAUUUUGGAAAUUGUGACAUUUUUUUAAUAAUAAAAAAAUAUUAAAGUGGACCUUUUCAAAUGGCGUCAGCGGGUGCAUUUCUCUCAUCUCGAAGGCUCCGUCUGCCGUUUCGGCCCAGCUGCUUGUGAAGUAGCGUCUGGAGCCGUGCAGGGUUUUGCGCCCACCACAACACUUGAGAUUCGGCGAAUCUGCUCAGGCGACAACGCAAUGAUUUGUAACACGAUAGUUCAGCCCGGUAAGGUUUGAGCAGUAGUUGCGUCUCAACCCAGACAAGAUGAGACCUGAAAGGAAGCACUUCGUUAGAGUCGGACACGU